AUGCCGCCGCCACAAGCGCUGGAUCUGAACUUGGUCCCUAUAGAGAAAGGAUUCCUUCCUGGAUCCAAUGCUGACUUCCACCAACAACCCAUGCAUCUAAUCACUGAAGGGGAUAUUGAUCGACAAGAAAGCCGAUGGACGGAAUGGGGUGAAUGGGCCGAUUGCUUCUGUGAGAAGCAGGUCCGAACGCGAAGAUGCAUCUAUUCAGGUGUUUUAAGUCAAGGAUGCCAAGGUGAUUCCUACGAGUCUCGGAGUUGCGUUGGUGGAUCAUGUCCAGUGCCAACUGAACGACCCACCUUGGCUCCUAGGAUAACGCCACCUAUACCACUAGAACCGCAUGAUCCUCGUCGUUCAUUCCGACCAUUCAAGCUCUACACGGCUGUCUCUCGUCAGUAA